UAAUAAUUUUACAUUAAUCCAUCAAUCUCAUCUGCUAGUUGGGCCCAGAUUACGAUGAGAGUACUAGUCGUGACUGACUCAUGAAUCCUCCUCCUCCUCCUCAUCAUCAUAUUUUAUGGAGUAUUAUAUACAUACUAACAUGUAGUAGUCAUUUAAUUCAGGGACAGGCGGUGCCUCCCUAUGCCUUGCUGAUCCCAUCCAUCGAUGAACUUGAAACAGAGAAAAAGGAAAAAGGAUGAAAUGGUGGGACUGGGCAACCGGAAUUAUAUAUAUAUAUAAAUUGGAGUUGGACUUCACUUCUUGGUUGCUUCUUGAUGAUCGAUGAUUGAUGGAUGAAGUUAAUUGACUUCCUCAUCCAGCUCCUCUCUCUUAAUUGAUUUAAUUUAAUUUCCGGCAAUCUGAAUCGGAAUCUUGAAUGGGCUCUGCCGAUGAUCAUCAAGAAAUAUUGAUCAUACGGCCUGCAGAUGCAGACGCAGAAGAAGCAGCGAAUAUGGUGAAAGAGGAGGCUUGCAGAAUCGUGGGCACCACGUUUCUGAGCUUCCUCCUCCCCCUAACCUUCCUCCUCCUCGCCCGCCUCUGCACCACCCGCUACUUCUUAACUGUUUCCGACAGCCACCGUCACCAUAACCAAUAUCACAAUGGCAAUUGCAAUGACAUCAUCCUGAUCCAGCUGCCAACACUAACCCUUAGCCUACUUGCUUCUCUUCUUACCUUUGCAGCCUUGCUGCUGCAUUUGCAUUGCUCAAGUUUAACCAGUACCAGUACCUGUACCACGGCAUUUUCAUGCAUCCUGCUUUUCUUGAUGCAACUCUCUCUCACUCUGGGGAUUUAUGGCAUCGACUCCCACUCCGACGCCGAAAUCAACAGUCAUACAGUCGGAAGAUUGUUUCUGCCGCGGAGACUGGCCUUCGCCUUUGGACUGCACGAAGCGAUGCUCUUCUGGUCCUGGAUCGCGGUCAAACCUGUCGUCGACAAGGUCAUCUUCGGGGAGGGUCGUACUCGGACUCGGAGCUGGGCCUGCAGCAGAUUGGAGAAAACAGCCAUGGCAGCGGGGUUAGCCAAUCUGUGGUGGAGCAAGUUGAGCGAGGAGGCGGAGGCCCUGGUGGUGGUGCCCUGGGUGAAGUGGCACCUGGGGAUGGAUCUCACGCUCCCGGAUCUUCUGGCCUGCCUCUCCUACUAUCUAACGGCGUCUCUCGGGCUACUCCGGGCGGCGCUACUGCUCUGGACGCUCUCCUCCUCCGUCGUCGGAAUAAGACCCUCCGCCGGCGGUCCACGUCACGUCACGUAA